CGGAAGCGGAAACUGAAUUGCAUUUGUGGGACCCACCAAACAAAGCAAAAAGCGUCCCUUUUCUUCCCUUUCCAUCCCAGAAUUGAAGUCGAUGCAAAUGGCGGCGGAGAGCAAAGGUGGUGGUGUUGUUGUUGGGGUUCUCCGGAGCCUGAUCAACGUUGCCAACGAAAUCUCUCACAUCACCACCGUCAACCGCCUCCUCAAACCCCAAUGCCGUGACCUCAGUCGCAGAAUCACCGUCCUCGCGCCCCUAUUUCACGACCUGCUCGACGUGUUCUCCUCCGUUCCGCACAAUGCUCUCGUUUCGCUCCACCAAACCCUCCUCUCCGCCAAGGAACUGCUCCUCUUCGCUACCCAACGAAGCCAAUUCUACAUGAUACUCGAGUGGGAGCAAAUUAAGCAAAAAUUCUGUGAUCUCGCUGCUCGUUUUCAACAGGCAAUGAUCGAGAUCUCUUGGGAUAAGCUUGAUGUUUCUCUAGAAGUUAAGGAGCAGGUUGCACUUGUGACUGCUCAGUUUAAAAGAGCCAAAGACAAUUUUGAUCCUCCAGGUUUUGAGCUUCAUGAGCUCCUGGUGUCUAUUUUUAAACAGGGCUGUGACGUGAAUAAUGCUGGACCUGCUGAGCUCCGAUUGAUCUGUGAAAAGCUGCAAAUUAUGAACGCAGAAGACCUCAAACAAGAGUCAAUCGCUCUGUGUAAGAUGGUUGAGGACAAGGGUGGUUGUUUUGAGAAAAACAUGCAGGAGAUGUCUAUGGUGUUGAAAAAAUUUGAAGAUUUCAUGCUGAUGGAAUCUGCAGACUUUGGUUCCUCUCCUCGUACUGGCGAGUUGUGCUGGAAACUAAGUUCUCAGUUACCGGUUAUACCAGAUGAGUUUCGCUGCCCGAUAUCUCUAGAGCUGAUGAAAGAUCCUGUUAUCAUUUGCACAGGGCAGACAUAUGAACGAGGCUGCAUAAAGAAAUGGCUUGACGCCGGGCAUGGAACAUGUCCUAAGACUCAGCAGAUUCUUCCCAGUCCCAUUCUCAUACCUAACCAUGUUCUAUACAACCUGAUAUCAAAUUGGUGUGAGGCAAAUGGAAUGGAACCACCUAGAAGGUUAGGAAGUUUACGGCUCUGUAAGGCAACAUCAGAUGGAGCUUCGAAAUUAUUAGAUAUUGAUGCCCUAAUCAGCAAACUUACUUCUAGUGACAUUGAGAGUCGGCGAUGUGCAGCAGGGGAGCUCCGUCUUCUUGCCAAGCACAAUGGUCAUAAUCGAAUGCUGAUUGCCGAAGCUGGUGCUAUACCCCUCCUUGUUGAUCUUCUCUAUGUACCUGAUACUGGAACCCAAGAGCAGGCUGUUACUGCUAUUCUCAACCUGUCUAUCAACGUGGAUAAUAAAGAGUGCAUCAUGGCUUCUGAGGCUGUGCUGGGAAUCAUUCAUGUGCUAAACAAUGGUAGUAUGGAAGCUCGGGAAAAUGCAGCUGCCACCCUUUUCAGCCUCUCCGCCGUGGAUGAGAACAAAGUGGCAAUUGGUGCAUCUGGAGCAAUCAAGGCACUAGUUACUCUAUUUUGCGAAGGAAGUCAAAGAGGGAAGGUGGAUGCUGCUGCGGCACUAUUCAAUCUGUGUUUAUAUCAAGGGAACAGAGGACGAGCAAUUAGGGCUGGUAUCGUGCCCAAGUUGAUCGAAAUGCUAACCGAACCUUGUGGGGAGAUGAGGGAUGAGGCAUUGGCGAUCAUUGCUAUAGUAGUUAGCCAUCCUGAUGGAAAAGCAGCAAUUAGUUCUAUGAACGUUGUGGUCACUUUGGUGGAAUUAAUCAAUAAUGGAUCUCCUAUUAACAAAGAGAAUGCAACUUCUGUGCUGGUGCACCUCUGUAGUGGAGAUCCACUACAUCUGCAAAUUGUCAAUUCAAUUGGGGUGAUUGAUUCUCUCAAGGACCUGGCAGAAAAUGGUUCAGAAAGGGGAAAACGUAAAGCUGUGCAGCUUCUUGAGUUGAUUGGCAUUUACUGACGAUUCUUAAUAUUCUAGGCAACAUGUCAGCUAGAUUUUAGGUGCUGCUGUUGCCACAGUAAGUUGCAGUUCUUAGCAUUAAUAGUGGUUAAGAAUAUGAUUUACAAUAAUAGAUUACAAGCAUAGGUCGGUAAUAUUUCCUUUUCAAUUUUUAGUUAAAAGGAAAUAUUCAUUUCAUUGAUUCAUCAACCUAUUAUUUAGUUGAAUUUAAUCAUUUGUGCUUGAUUAAGUCAACCUAUCAUUUAGUCAACCUUUUUGGCUGUAGUUGAAGUACAGAAAUUUGAAUAUUUUUUCAUCUUAACCUCCUUACAUUCAUUUGUUGCAAUUCAAUGAAAUGACUUUUGAACAGUGUUCAGCCUCAUGUUUACCUGUU